AUGGCCAAAUGCUGGAGAGCCACCUCGUUGGUGGCUCUAGCACUGCUAUGCUGCUUUUAUGGGACCAAGAGCUUAAGCCUCCAGUCCAUUUACCACCCGGGGUCCCACACCAUCCAGGACAGCCAAAGCCUCCAGUCUAUUUACCAUCCGAUGUGCCACAACAUCCAGGGCAACAGAAGCCUCCAGCCCAUUUACCAUCAGAUGUCCCACAAAAUCCAGGACAACAGAAGCCUCCAGUCCAUUUACAAUCCGAUGUCCCACAAAAUCCAGGACAACAGAAGCCUCCAGUCCAUUUACCAUCCGAUGUCCCACAAAAUCCAGGACAACAGAAGCCUCCAGUCCAUUUACCAUCCGAUGUCCCACAAUAUCCAGGGCAACAGAAACCUCCAGUCCAUUUACCAUCUGGUGUCCCACACUAUCCAGGACAGCAGAAGCCUACAGUCCAUUUUCCACCUGGGGUCCCACACCAUCCAGGACAGCAGAAGCCUCCAGUCCAUUUACCAUCUGGUGUCCCACACUAUCCAGGACAGCAGAAGCCUACAGUCCAUUUACCACCUGGGGUCCCACACCAUCCAGGACAGCAGAAGCCUCCAGUUCAUUUACCAUCCGGUGUCCCACACCAUCCAGGACAGAAAAAGCCUCCAGUCCAUUUACCAUCCGGUGUCCCACACCAUCCAGGACAACAGAAGCCUCCAGUCCAUUUACCACCUGGGGUACCACACCAUCCAGGACAGCACAGGCCUCCAGUCCAUUUACCACCUGGGGUACCACACUAUCCAGGACAACAGAAGCCUCAAGUCCAUUUACCAUCCGGUGUCCCACACUAUCCAGGACAGCAGAAGCCUCCAGUCCAUUUACAACAAGUGGUUACAGGGCAAGGGCUACGCAGUUCCUCGAGGUUUUGCUGAUCAACCAGCCCAGAACUCUCAACAUGCAGGACAGAAAACCGGGCAACAGCCGUCGCACCCUAACCAACCCAACGUAUGUGACGUAGCCAACACUCAAAGAGUCCCAUGUGGAAGUUAUGACAUCUCUGCAGCUGGGUGUGAAGCCAUCAGCUGCUGCUACGAUAGCCAACAGUGCUAUUUUGGAAAAUCUGUGACCGUCCAGUGCACCAAGGAUGGCCAGUUCAUUGUGGUUGUAGCUAAAGAAUGUACAGUGCCCGUUAUUGACCUGGAGACCGUUUCCCUGAUAGAAGAUGGUCAAGGCUGCACACACGUGGACUCCAACUCCGCUUUUUUCAUCUAUCAGUUUCCUGUGACCAGAUGCGGCACCGUCAUUAUGGAGGACUCAGGUGUCAUCGUGUACGAGAACAGGAUGACCUCCAUGUAUGAAGUGGCGAUGGGGCCUCUGGGCGCUAUAACCCGGGACACCAGCUAUAAUUUGCUCUUCCAGUGUAGAUACACCGGAACGUCUGUUGAGACUUUCAUCGUAGAAGUUCAAGCAAUAGCACAUCCUGUCUCGGUGGCUUCUCUGGGUCCAAUGAACGUGGAGCUAAGGUUGGCCAAUGGACAAUGCAACUCAAAGGGCUGUGUUGAAGAGCAUGUGGCCUAUAGCUCUUUCUACACGGAAGGGGACUAUCCUGUGACCAAAAUCCUGAGGGAUCCUGUGUACGCGGAGGUCCGACUCAUCGGAAGAACCGAUCCCAACCUCGUCCUCUCCCUCGGUCGCUGUUGGACCACAACCAGCGCAAACCCUCACAGUUUGCCCCAGUGGGACAUUCUGAUCGACGGGUGUCCGAACAGGGACGAUCGCUACAAGACUACCCUGGUUCCAGUCAGCUCGGACUCUGGUCUUGAGUUUCUAAGUCACUACAAGCGCUUUAUUUUCCAAAUGUUUACCUUCGUGGACCCCAGCUCUCUCGUACCACAGAGGGAACAUGUCUACAUUCACUGCAGCACGUCUGUGUGCAACAUCGGUGCUGGCUACUCGUGCGAGCCGAUGUGCUUCAGGUUAAAGAGAGACGUGGAUUCUACUCCCCGGCCGAGCCAGGACUCAAAGGUUGUGGUCUCUUCGGGACCUGUGGUCAUGACUCAAAGUAAACCUACUGUCGCGAUGACCGGCUGGUCAGUGUCCAUGGUCACAUCUCUCAGACAGGACAAACCUUUGGCUGAUAAAUGCCACAACGUCCUGUGUCACACUGGCUCGGCUCCAUCCCCCCCCGACCUCGACGAGCCCCGCAAACGCGUUCAGCCGAGUGUUGUUUGCGAGAAGAAGGUUGUGAGUGGCCGCUGGGAAGAAAGGAAGUCUCGAUUCAUUGGCGGUUGA